ACGCUGCAACUUGUCACCACUUCCUGGUGUGACUGCUGGGAAGAACGCAUUUGCUGCAUCAAAGAUGGCAUAUUCUCAGCAUAUAUUUGGUUCUGUAAGAGUUAACAUUGUGGAAAAAUAAGCGGCAAGUUGACAGAAGUGAAAGCGGAGAGCGGGUGGUAGCUGCCGCGGGCAGCGUUAACCCUCGUCGCGCUACGCACCUCCUGCUCUCUUAGCGGUAACUUGUCCCCUCUACCUUACUCUACAGUGCUAGCUGGUUAGCGCAAAUAGUAAAUAUUAGCUUCUCGGGCGAGCUUUCUCGUUGUGGGUUGCUAAAAUGGCCACCAUGGAGAAGCUAAUGAAGGCCUUUGAGUCUCUGAAGUCAUUUCAACAACAGCAGGGACCACCGACAGCAGAGGAGCUCGUUCAGAGACAAAAAAAGGAGCAAGCUGCAACAAAAAAGGACAGAGUGACCCAUUGCCUGACGAUAUGUGAAAACAUUGUGGCUCAAUCACUGAGAACAUCUCCAGAGUUUCAGAAACUGCUCGGGAUCGCCAUGGAGAUGUUUCUUCUCUGCAGCGAUGACAGUGAAUCAGAUGUCCGUAUGGUGGCUGAUGAGUGCCUGAACAAAAUCAUCAAAGCUCUGAUGGACUCGAACUUGCCAAGACUGCAGCUGGAGUUGUACAAAGAAAUUAAAAAGAACGGUGCCUCACGGAGUCUGAGGGCAGCUUUGUGGAGGUUUGCUGAGCUCGCCCACCUCAUCCGACCCCAGAAAUGCAGACCUUACCUGGUCAACCUGCUGCCAUGCCUCAGUCGGAUCACCAAGCGUCAGGAGGAAACCGUGCAGGAGACGCUGGCUGCAGCGAUACCCAAAAUCAUGUCAGCCUUGGGAAACUUCGCCAACGACGGCGAGAUUAAGGUGCUGCUGAAGUCAUUUGUUGCCAACCUGAAGUCCAGCUCCCCCACCAUCAGACGGACAGCAGCCAGCUGCGCCGUCAGCGUGUGCCAACACUCCAGACGCACAAGUUAUUUCUACACCUGGCUCCUUAAUGUGCUGCUGGGCCUGUUGCUUCCAGUCGAUGACGAACACCCGAGCCAUCUUAUCCUGGGGGUGCUGCUAACGUUUCGCUACCUGAUGCCCCUGCUGCAGAACCAAGUCAACACCAGCAGCCUCAAAGGGAGCUUUGGAGUGAUGAGGAAGGAGGCCGACGUCCAGCCAACACCCGAGCAACUCCUGCAGGUGUACGAGCUGACGCUGCACUACACGCAGCACUGGGAUCACAACGUGGUCACAGCCGCCCUGGAGCUCCUGCAGCAGAUGUUCAGGACUCCCCCGCCGGAGCUUCUGCACGUGCUCAUCACGGCCGGCAGCAUUCCUCACGCCACCGUGUUUCGUCAGGACACGGAGAGCCGCGCUCGCUCGGGCAGCAUCCUGGAGCUCAUCGCGGGGGGAGGGUCUUCCUGCAGUCCACUUCUUCUCAGGAAACAUAGAGGUAAAAUUCUUUCUGGAGAAGAGGAUGGGUUGGAGGACGACCCCGAGAGAGCAGAAGUCAACGCGGGAACCUUCACAGACGGCUCGUCUGCUGCUCAGGUGGACAUCAUCACAGAGCAGCCGCGCUCUUCGCAGCACACGCUGCAGCCCGGCGACUCUGUGGACCUCAGCGCCUCCUCCGAGCAGGGCGGCGGAGGCGGCACGUCCACAUCAGGCACCCCCGAGUCACCCAAUGAAAACGAAGAGGAAAUGCUGAGUCGAAGUUCCAGCGGCGCCAACGUCACCCCGGAGACAGCCGACUACACCACACCAGAAAACGCCACCCCAGAAGGCGGGGGGCCGCUCGGCGAAGGCGGGAUGGCGCUGGGCACUAAUGAUCGAUCGCUCCCACCAAGCGACUCGUCUCAGACGACCACAGAGGGACCGGAUUCGGCCGUGACACCUUCGGAUGUAGCAGAACUGCAGGCAGUCCAGCCACCUCCGCUCUCGCCGACUCCCACCGAGGGUCCCGACGCGCCAGCCAGCAGCUCCUCUGUCUACACCGCUUCUUUCUCCUCCUCGUCUUCUCUGUCUGUCUCGUCCUCUUCCUCCUUCUAUGCCACCUCCUCUUCUAGCACUAGUGACAAGGUCCUGGACGGCAGCGAGAGCCAGUACUCCGGCAUGCAGAUAGGAACGCUACAGGAUGAAGAAGAUGAAGGAGCAGCGCCUUCCUCCCAGGAAGAACCCUCGGAGCCGUUUCUGCAGUCGGCCCUCGCUCUGAGUAAGCCUCAUCUGUUCGAUGGCCGAGGUCACAAUCGGCAGGGUUCGGACAGCAGCGUGGACCGCUUCAUUCCCAAGGAUGAGCCUGCUGAACCCGAACCUGAUAAUAAGCCGUCACGGAUAGAGGGUCUAAUUGGACACUACACGGACCAGGGGGCGGAGCCACUGGUUCACUGUGUGCGACUUCUCGCCGCUUCUUUUCUUCUCACUGGACAGAAGAACGGAUUGAUUCCUGAUAAAGAGGUUCGAGUGAGCGUGAAGGCGUUGGCGGUCAGCUGCGUCGGAGCUGCAGCAGCGCUGCAUCCUGAAGCGUUCUUUAAUUCUCUCUACCUGGAGCCACUGGAUGGCGUCCCAGUUGCAGGUGGGAAGGUUUAUGUAAGAACAUCUCCAGAGUUUCAGAAACUGCUCGGGAUCGCCAUGGAGAUGUUUCUUCUCUGCAGCGAUGACAGUGAAUCAGAUGUCCGUAUGGUGGCUGAUGAGUGCCUGAACAAAAUCAUCAAAGCUCUGAUGGACUCGAACUUGCCAAGACUGCAGCUGGAGUUGUACAAAGAAAUUAAAAAGAACGGUGCCUCACGGAGUCUGAGGGCAGCUUUGUGGAGGUUUGCUGAGCUCGCCCACCUCAUCCGACCCCAGAAAUGCAGACCUUACCUGGUCAACCUGCUGCCAUGCCUCAGUCGGAUCACCAAGCGUCAGGAGGAAACCGUGCAGGAGACGCUGGCUGCAGCGAUACCCAAAAUCAUGUCAGCCUUGGGAAACUUCGCCAACGACGGCGAGAUUAAGGUGCUGCUGAAGUCAUUUGUUGCCAACCUGAAGUCCAGCUCCCCCACCAUCAGACGGACAGCAGCCAGCUGCGCCGUCAGCGUGUGCCAACACUCCAGACGCACAAGUUAUUUCUACACCUGGCUCCUUAAUGUGCUGCUGGGCCUGUUGCUUCCAGUCGAUGACGAACACCCGAGCCAUCUUAUCCUGGGGGUGCUGCUAACGUUUCGCUACCUGAUGCCCCUGCUGCAGAACCAAGUCAACACCAGCAGCCUCAAAGGGAGCUUUGGAGUGAUGAGGAAGGAGGCCGACGUCCAGCCAACACCCGAGCAACUCCUGCAGGUGUACGAGCUGACGCUGCACUACACGCAGCACUGGGAUCACAACGUGGUCACAGCCGCCCUGGAGCUCCUGCAGCAGAUGUUCAGGACUCCCCCGCCGGAGCUUCUGCACGUGCUCAUCACGGCCGGCAGCAUUCCUCACGCCACCGUGUUUCGUCAGGACACGGAGAGCCGCGCUCGCUCGGGCAGCAUCCUGGAGCUCAUCGCGGGGGGAGGGUCUUCCUGCAGUCCACUUCUUCUCAGGAAACAUAGAGGUAAAAUUCUUUCUGGAGAAGAGGAUGGGUUGGAGGACGACCCCGAGAGAGCAGAAGUCAACGCGGGAACCUUCACAGACGGCUCGUCUGCUGCUCAGGUGGACAUCAUCACAGAGCAGCCGCGCUCUUCGCAGCACACGCUGCAGCCCGGCGACUCUGUGGACCUCAGCGCCUCCUCCGAGCAGGGCGGCGGAGGCGGCACGUCCACAUCAGGCACCCCCGAGUCACCCAAUGAAAACGAAGAGGAAAUGCUGAGUCGAAGUUCCAGCGGCGCCAACGUCACCCCGGAGACAGCCGACUACACCACACCAGAAAACGCCACCCCAGAAGGCGGGGGGCCGCUCGGCGAAGGCGGGAUGGCGCUGGGCACUAAUGAUCGAUCGCUCCCACCAAGCGACUCGUCUCAGACGACCACAGAGGGACCGGAUUCGGCCGUGACACCUUCGGAUGUAGCAGAACUGGUCCUGGACGGCAGCGAGAGCCAGUACUCCGGCAUGCAGAUAGGAACGCUACAGGAUGAAGAAGAUGAAGGAGCAGCGCCUUCCUCCCAGGAAGAACCCUCGGAGCCGUUUCUGCAGUCGGCCCUCGCUCUGAGUAAGCCUCAUCUGUUCGAUGGCCGAGGUCACAAUCGGCAGGGUUCGGACAGCAGCGUGGACCGCUUCAUUCCCAAGGAUGAGCCUGCUGAACCCGAACCUGAUAAUAAGCCGUCACGGAUAAAGGGUCCAAUUGGACACUACACGGACCAGGGGGCGGAGCCACUGGUUCACUGUGUGCGACUUCUCGCCGCUUCUUUUCUUCUCACUGGACAGAAGAACGGAUUGAUUCCUGAUAAAGAGGUUCGAGUGAGCGUGAAGGCGUUGGCGGUCAGCUGCGUCGGAGCUGCAGCAGCGCUGCAUCCUGAAGCGUUCUUUAAUUCUCUCUACCUGGAGCCACUGGAUGGCGUCCCAGUUGCAGGGCAGCAGUACAUUAGUGACGUUCUGGGCCUCAUCGAACACGGAGACCCCCAGAUCAGAGGGGCCACAGCCAUCCUCUGUGGAGCCAUCAUCCUAGCUGCGCUUACCAAAACACGUUACAAUAUUCACACCUGGCUGGCCGGUGUGCAGAGUACAACAGGUAACCCUCUGUCCCUGGUGGAUUUGGUGCCUUUGCUCCAGAAAACUUUAAAAGACGAAUCCUCGGUCACCUGCAAGAUGGCGUGUGCUGCAGUCAGGCACUGCAUCAUGACGCUGUGCAGCAGCACGCUGAGCGAGCUCGGGUUGCAGCUGGUGAUAGACCUCUUCGCUCUGCGGGAUUCUUCCUACUGGCUUGUUCGCACCGAGCUCCUGGAAACUCUGUCCGAGUUAGACUUCAGAUUAAUUAAUUUCUUGGAGAGAAAAACUGAAACUUUGCACAAAGGAGACCAUCACUUUACUGGGCAACUACGGAUUCAGGACAGGGUCCUGAAUGAUGUGGUCAUCUAUCUGUUGGGAGACGAUGAUCCAAGAGUGCGACACGUUGCAGCCUCUGCUGUUAGCAGACUCGUUCCAAAAUUGUUCUUUGACUGUGACCAAGGCCAGGUAGACCCAGUGGUGGCCAUCGCCCGGGACCAGAGUUCAGUCUACCUGCAGCUACUCAUGCAUGAGACACAACCCCCGUCCCAGUUCACAGUCAGCACAAUCACAAGGACGUAUCGAGGCUACAACUUUUCUAACUCUGUGUCCGACGUCUCGUUGGAGAACAACCUGUCCAGAGUUGUUACUGCAGUCUCCCAUGCUUUCACAUCUUCCACCUCCAGAGCGCUAACUUUCGGCUGCUGCGAGGCUUUGUGUCUUCUAGCAUCAAACUUUCCUGUCGGUACCUGGAGUACAGGCUGGCACUGUGGCUAUGUUAGCUCUAGCAGCAACUUUUCUUAUCGUUCUAGUCUCAACCGCAGCAGAGGCAGGACACUCAGUUUGUCUCAGAGCGGCAACACUCCAGCCUCUUCGGCCGCCUCCUCGUCUGCGCUGGAUUCUGAGCGGAAGACGCUGACCGUGGGACCGGCCAACAUGGUGCUCUCCCUGCUGUCUUCUGCGUGGUUUCCUCUGGAUCUCUCUGCACACCAAGAUGCACUACUGCUCUGUGGGAACCUGCUUGCGGCUGUGGCUCCAAAAUGCUUACGCAACCCCUGGGCUGGAGAGGAGGAAGGAAGCACUGGGAACACUGGUGCAGGCCCAAAUAAAACAGAGGAACCCUGGACAGCCCUGUCAGAGCGCUCCCUGGUGGCCAUGGUGGAACAGCUGUUUUCUCAUCUGCUAAAGGUUCUCAACAUCUGUGCGCACGUUCUGGAUGACACGCCGCCGGGACCAGCAGCUAAGGCUGCUCUCCCCUCUCUGAGCAACACGCCGUCCCUGAGUCCCAUCCGCAGGAAAGGGAAGGAGAAGGAGACGACCGAGGCCGCUGCUGCACCCAUGAGCCCAAAGAAGAGCAACGAGAUCAACACAGCAGGCAGGCAAGCAGACAGCACCACUUCAGCAGCUGUGAACAAAUCCAUCACCCUGGGCAGCUUCUACCACCUGCCUCCCUACCUCAAGCUCUACGACGUCCUCAAAGCGACACACGCCAACUAUAAGGUGACGUUGGAUCUCCACAGCAGCCAGGAGAAGUUUGGAGGUUUUCUGCACGCUGCCUUGGAUGUUUUGUCCCAGCUGCUGGAGCUGGCCACGCUGCAUGACAUCGGAAAGUGUGUAGAGGAAAUUCUGGGCUACCUGAAGUCCUGUUUCUCCAGAGAACCGACCAUGGCCACUGUUUGUGUGCAGCAGCUGUUGAAGACGCUGUUCGGGACCAACCUGGCUUCCCAGUAUGAAAGUGUGCUGAGCGGACCCAGCCGCUCCCAGGGCAAAGCCCUGCGCCUCGGCUCGUCCAGCCUGCGCCCGGGCCUCUACCACUACUGCUUCAUGGCUCCGUACACACACUUCACCCAGGCUCUGGCUGAUGCCAGCCUCCGUAACAUGGUGCAGGCUGAGCAGGAGCAGGACACCUCGGGAUGGUUUGAUGUUAUGCAAAAAGCAUCCAAUCAGCUGAGAUCCAACAUCGCCAACGCUACACGUCACAGAGGAGACAAGAAUGCUAUUCACAACCACAUCCGUCUGUUUGAGCCGCUUGUGAUCAAAGCUUUGAAGCAGUACACCACCAGUACCUCUGUGGCCCUGCAGAGACAGGUUCUGGACCUGUUGGCCCAGCUUGUGCAGCUCAGAGUCAAUUACUGCCUGCUGGACUCGGAUCAGGUUUUCAUAGGCUUUGUCCUGAAGCAGUUUGAAUAUAUCGAAGUGGGCCAGUUCAGGGAUUCUGAAGCCAUCAUCCCAAACAUCUUUUUCUUCCUGGUUUUGCUGUCUUACGAACGUUACCACUCCAAGCAGAUUAUCAGCAUCCCCAAGAUCAUCCAGCUGUGCGACGGCAUCAUGGCGAGCGGCAGGAAAGCGGUCACCCACGCCAUUCCUGCCUUGCAGCCUAUAGUUUAUGAUCUUUUUGUGCUGAGAGGUUCAAACAAAGCAGAUGCAGGCAAAGAGCUGGACACUCAGAAGGAAGUGGUGGUGUCCAUGCUUCUCAGACUCGUGCAGUACCAUCAGGUGUUGGAGAUGUUCAUUCUCGUUCUGCAGCAGUGUCACAAAGAGAAUGAGGACAAGUGGAAAAGACUGUCCAGGCAGAUCGCAGAUGUUAUUCUUCCUAUGAUUGCAAAGCAGCAGAUGCUGCUGGACUCUCCAGAGGCGUUAGGAGUGUUGAACACCUUGUUUGAGACUGUGGCCCCCUCCUCUCUCAGACCAGUCGACAUGCUGCUGAAGAGCAUGUUCACUAUCCCCGUCACCAUGGCAUCUGUCGCUACAGUCCAGCUGUGGGUGUCUGGAAUCCUGGCGGUGCUCAGAGUACUCGUGUCGCAGUCCACCGAGGACAUCGUCUUGUCUCGGGUCCACGAGCUGUCCCUCUCCCCACACCUCCUCUCCUGCCACACGAUUCGCCGCCUGCAUCAGCAGAACCCGUCCCCCAGCAGCCCGCCCGCCGCCGACGCCAGCUGUGACCAGGAAGCCGGCGAAGACGCGCAGAAGGUUCCACCUGAAGAAACCUUUGCAAGGUUCCUGCUGCAGCUGGUCGGGGUUUUGCUUGACGAUAUUUCUAGCAGACGGGUCAAAGUGGACAUUACGGAGCAACAGCACACCUUCUACUGCCAGCAGCUGGGAACGCUGCUCAUGUGUUUCAUUCAUAUUUUUAAAAGCGGAAUGUUUCGCAGGAUCACGACUGCAGCCAGUCGGCUCCUGAAGGGCGAGGGCGGCGGGCAGCCGGGUCCGGAGGCCGGCCUCUACUACCCUUUAGAGGGGCUGAACAGCAUGGUGCAGAGCCUCGUCACCACCCACCCGCCAUUGGUGCUGCUGUGGUGCCAGGUCCUUCUCAUCAUUAACUACACUAACUAUUCGUGGUGGGCCGAGGUUCAUCAGACUCCCAGAGGUCACAGCCUCUCAUGCACAAAGCUGCUAAGUCCACACUCCUCUGGUGAAGGACAAGAGGAAGAAAAACCAGAGUCCCGGUUAGCAAUGGUCAACAGGGAGAUUGUACGCAGGGGAGCUCUGAUUCUCUUCUGUGACUACGUGUGUCAGAAUCUCCACGACUCGGAGCAUUUGACCUGGCUGAUCGUCAACCACGUGCGUGACCUCAUCAGUCUUUCCCAUGAGCCUCCAGUACAAGAUUUCAUCAGCGCUGUCCACCGCAACUCUGCCGCCAGUGGCCUCUUCAUUCAGGCGAUCCAGUCUCGAUGCGACAAUCUCCCCACUCCUACCAUGCUAAAGAAGACUUUACAGUGUUUGGAAGGCAUCCACCUGAGUCAGUCUGGCUCUCUGCUCAUGCUUUAUGUGGACAAGCUGCUCAACACGCCGUUCAGGGUUUUAGCUCGCAUGGUGGACACGCUGGCGUGCCGAAGAGUGGAAAUGUUGCUGGCUGAGACGCUGCAGAACAGCAUAGCCCAGCUGCCUGUGGAGGAACUGGAGAGGAUUCAGGAAUACCUCCAGACCAGCGGGCUAGCUCAAAGGCAUCAGAGGUUCUACUCCCUGCUGGACAGGUUCAGAGCCACUGUUGCCGACACCAGCAGCCCAGCACCUCCAGUCACGUCCCACCCUCUGGAUGGGGAUCCACCCAUAGCCCCAGAAAAGGUUGUUGCCGACAAGGAGUGGUAUGUUGCUCUGGUGAAGUCGCAGUGCUGUCUCCAUGGAGAUGUUUUCCUGCUCGAAACAACAGAGCUUCUCACUAAAUUACCUGCUGCUGAUCUAUUCUCCGUUAUGAGCUGCAAGGAUUUCAAUCUCAGCCUGUUGUGUCCCUGCCUGGGUUUGGGAGUGCAGAGGUUAAUCCGGGGUCAGGGAUCUCUGUUGUUGGAGACGGCCCUGCAGGUGACCCUCAAUCAGCUAGAAGAGGUCACGGGGUCACUUCCUGCCCCACACCAGUCCUUCCUGCCGCCACCUCACCCCCAGCCAUACUGGAACCAGCUGGGUGACGUGUAUGACAAGCCGGGUUUCUACCCCAGGGUUCUGGCCCUCUGCAGAGCUUUGUCCCAGUAUCUGUUGAGUGUCAAUCAGCUACCUUCAUCACUACAUAUUCCCUCUGACAAGGAGCAACUCAUCACCUCCUUCACCUGCAUGGCGGCUGAGGUGGUUGCAUGGUGGCUGCUUCAGGACCAGCUGCCCCUCAGCGUGGACCUGCAGUGGGCUCUGUCCUGCCUCUGCCUGGCCCUGCAGCAGCCCUGUGUGUGGAACAAGCUCUCUACCUUGGAGUACAAGACGUACACCUGCUCCCUCAUCUACUGCCUGCACCUCACCAUUGCUGCUGUGGCUGUUCAUCCUGGUGACCGGCUGCUGCAUCCAGAGAAGAAAAAGUCUCGAGGAGAAAAAGACGGUGAAGAUCAGCUGGAUUCGGCUCUUCUCAACAUCCAAUGCGAGUGGCAAGCAUGUGAGAUCAUGGCAGAACUGGUGGAAGGACUGCAGAGCAUCCUCUCCUUGGGUCACCCGAGGAACCGGGCGUUUCCAGUUUUCCUCACGCCGACGUUGCGAAACAUCAUCAUCAGUAUUUCACGCCUGCCUCUGGUCAACAGCUACACCAGAGUACCUCCACUGGUUUGGAAACUGGGCUGGUCCCCACAACCAGGUGGAGAAUUUGGCACAACGCUGCCUGAGAUCCCUGUGGACUUCCUGCAGGAAAAGGACGUCUUCAGGGAAUUCCUUUACCGCAUCAACACAUUGGGCUGGAGCAGUAGGACUCAGUUUGAGGAAACCUGGGCCACUCUGCUGGGGGUGCUGGUCACCCAACCAAUCACAAUGGAUCAGGAGGAAGAGACUCAGCAAGAGGAGGACCUGGAGCGUACCCAGUUAAACGUGCUAGCAGUGCAGGCUAUCACCAGCCUGGUGCUGAGCGCCAUGACCCUGCCCACUGCUGGCAACCCCGCAGUCAGCUGUCUGGAACAGCAGCCCCGAAACAAAAGCCUUAAAGCUCUGGAAACACGGUUUGGAAGGAAACUCGCUGUGAUUCGCGGAGAAGUGGAGCGAGAAAUUCAGGCUCUAGUGUCAAAGAGGGACAACGUCAGCACACACCACCCGUACCACGCCUGGGACCCUGUGCCCUCACUCUCGGCUGCUUCUGCAGGUACGCUGAUCAGCCACGAGAAGUUGCUGCUUCAGAUCAACACAGAGAGGGAGUUGGGCAACAUGGAUUACAAACUGGGGCAGGUCUCCAUCCAUUCAGUCUGGUUAGGUAAUAACAUCACUCCUCUUAGGGAGGAAGAAUGGGGUGAGGACGAAGAAGACGAAGCGGACACUCCGGCGCCGACCUCCCCACCUUUAUCGCCGAUAAAUUCGAGGAAGCACCGUGCAGGUGUAGACAUUCAUUCAUGUUCCCAGUUUCUCCUGGAGCUCUACAGCCAGUGGUUGAUCCCGGGCUCUCCCAGCAACAGGAGGACGCCCACCAUCCUCAUCAGUGAAGUGGUCCGAUCGCUGCUGGCGGUGUCGGACCUGUUCACAGAGAGGAACCAGUUCGACAUGAUGUUCUCCACCCUGAUGGAGCUCCAGAAGCUUCACCCGCCCGAAGACGAGAUCCUGAAUCAGUACCUGGUGCCCGCCAUCUGUAAGGCUGCUGCCGUGCUGGGCAUGGACAAGGCGAUAGCCGAGCCGGUGUGUCGCCUGCUGGAGACGACGCUGCGCAGCACCCACCUGCCCAGCCGCAUGGGGGCUCUGCACGGGGUGCUCUACGUGUUGGAGUGUGACCUGCUGGACGACACGGCUAAGCAGCUCGUCCCCACAGUCUCCGAGUACCUUCUGUCAAACCUCAAGGCCAUUGCUCACUGUGUGAACCUGCAUAACCAGCAGCAUGUGUUGGUGAUGUGUGCAGUGGCCUUCUACAUGAUGGAGAACUACCCUCUGGAUGUCGGAGCUGAGUUUAUGGCCGCAGUCAUACAACUCUGUGGUGUGAUGGUGUCGGCCAGCGAGGACUCCACUCCCUCCAUCAUCUAUCACUGCGUUCUGCGCGGACUGGAGCGCCUCCUGCUGUCGGAGCAGCUGUCUCGCGUCGACGGAGAAGCUUUGGUCAAGCUCAGCGUGGAUCGCGUCAACAUGUCGUCGCCUCACCGAGCCAUGGCCGCCCUGGGCCUCAUGCUCACCUGCAUGUACACCGGCAAGGAGAAAGCCAGCCCUGCCAGCCGCCCUGCCCACUCUGACCCGCAGGCCCCGGACAGCGAGUCGGUCAUUGUCGCCAUGGAGAGGGUCUCCGUGCUCUUUGACAGGAUCAGGAAGGGUUUGCCCAGCGAGGCUCGGGUCGUGUCGAGGAUUCUGCCCCAGUUUCUGGACGACUUCUUCCCUCCGCAGGACGUCAUGAACAAAGUCAUUGGCGAGUUCCUGUCCAAUCAGCAGCCGUACCCACAGUUCAUGGCCACUGUUGUCUACAAGGUUUUCCAGACGCUCCACGCCACUGGCCAGUCUUCCAUGGUGCGCGACUGGGUGCUGCUGUCUUUGUCCAACUUCACUCAGAGGACACCGGUAGCCAUGGCCAUGUGGAGCCUGUCCUGCUUCUUUGUCUCCGCUUCCACCUCCCAGUGGAUCUCUGCCCUACUUCCACAUGUGAUCAGCCGGAUGGGGUCCAGUGAGACGGUGGACGUCAACCUGUUCUGCCUGGUCGCCAUGGACUUCUAUCGGCACCAGAUCGACGAGGAGCUGGACCGCCGGGCCUUUCAGUCGGUGUUCGAGACGGUGGCGUCGCCGGGGAGCCCCUACCACCAGCUGCUGGCCUGUCUGCAGUCCAUCCACCAGGAAGCGUCACUCUGAAGGGCAGCACGCCCAGGCAGACAUGCAGACAGUCAGGCUCAGAGAGAAAGUGAAUUAGAGAGAUGAGUAAUUGAAUCUGCAUGUUCGGCUCCCUGAUAAAUUGUGGUGGUGGGAAAGAACAGGAUGUUUAUCCAACCUGAGCUACUGAAGCCUCAUUUCUCCCUCUCUAUCUAUCCAUCUUUCUCUCUCUCUUUCUCUCCCCGCUUCCACCUUUGAAAAAUGUAAACCGCUGAACCCACGAGUGCGAGCUCGGUGGCGUUCUGGAGCGUCAAAAUGAAGAAUGAGACGUUAGGUCUGUGAAACGUACACGAGGCUGAAUUCUGGAAGAGGAAGCCCCUGACUUAGAUGUGAAGGACGAGGGUUGAAGCUCUGGCAGAUUCCUCCCCACACAGCAGCACCUUUUUCUUUAAAAACAAACAGAAGAUAAUGUAAAUCAAAUACAAGACGGCUUUAUUUCUUUGCUCUUAGGACUUGCUUAAGUAUUGUGAUGUCAGUAAAGUUAAAUAGAGACAAAGUAUUUGCUAUAUUUAAAGUUUCAACUCAUCUAUUUUUCAGUGAAUUUUGUUAAAAAAUGCUUAGUUGGGACUUUAAACAUGAGGCUGACACACAAGGGUCAGAGACGCCUGCUCAAUGUUGUUGAAAAUUCUAUAUUUAAGUUGUGUGUUUGUGUUUAUUCAGACAUGCAGAAGGCAAAAAGAUAACUGGUUUCUAUGUAAGAAUGCUAAUCAUUAUGUCCUGCCCUCUUUCUGUCGAAGCGGGGAACUCGAGACGAACUUCUUACCGCAGGAAGUGUAACUUAUUUCAGCAAGACGCCACACCUACUCUGGAUGGUUCACAUAGAGUCAAAAAGUUAAACGGGUAAAUGCCGGGCAUAAUUUAAGGUCGGGUUUUGUGAAAGUUUAAUCAUUUUAACAGUUUAAAUCCCCCCCAAUUUACAUCGUCAACCUGUUCUGUGAGAAAAAUACCAAAAUCUUUUCUUGCCUUUUUUUUUUUUUUUUUAAUCCAGUGCAGGUGGGUGUAAAGAGUUUCUUCUUAUGAUUUUAUGAAUUCACUAAAAUCUAUCUACUUUUUUUUUUAUAUAUUAGCUGCAGAUCUGAAUGAUUCCACCUGUCCAUUACUUCUACAUUUUUAAGUCUCAGGAUGUUGGAUGUGACUUUAUUGUUAUUGUCAUUAAACUGGAGGUAGUUUCCAGUCUUACGUGGAGCUACCUUCUUAUUCUGUAAAAAAAAGAAAAGAGAAAAAAAAAAGAUAUAUAUGUAAAAAAAAAAAUCAACUGUACAGUAAUCUGAAAGCCAUGGUGCAUGAU